AUGGCAUCCGGCGACCACAACCGGCUCGUCAACGGCAGGCCACUCUCCAACCGCCUCGCGCCCACAACGCCGACGACAUCGACGUCGGGGGCCAGCAAGCGCACGCCGCCAGCGUACUCGCCAGCUCGGCUUCCCCCGACGCCCAUCUCCCUUGCACCCGAGGGGGAGAAAGACGUGUACGCAGAGUACAUUGGAAACUUGCCACCACCGGGCAGCGCGGCGCUCCCGACCCCGAGUGUCCGUUUCCAAGAGAACAGACAUGCCCACAACCAAGGGGCCUCUGACGACGACACCGACGACGACGACUUCCACAGCGCCAUGCCAGCGCCGAGUGCCAGGCGGAGCACGCGGACCCGAUCGACCGCACGCCGCCGGCGAGCACGCACCGUUGUGCCCAUCCCACUCCCGCUGCUCCGUUCCCAGAUCCUGUCCUAUGUGUGCCGCGACGCGCUCGUCGCGCUCCAGACAGAACAUGGAGGCCUCCCUAUCCCUGUCAAGUCCAAGCACCUCCAGCUCUGCCUGGACACAUGCAGCGAGGUGGAGGAGUGUCCCAACGAGACGGCGACAGCGAGGGCGUUUCUCGACCAGGUCUAUGCUGUGACGCAGUACGACGCCGUAGCCAGCCGCGUCGAUGAUCUCGAGGCGCUGGUUGCCGACUUGGCAAGCAAGGCGCAGAUGGCCUGGGCUGGACAAGAGGUGCUGCGUCUGCGUCUCGAGCUUCUCGAGCUCAAAUACAACGGCGGCGGCUUCACCCCUGCGACACCAGAGACGGGCAAGACCGAGACGGGUCCGUCCAAGAAACCCCUCCCUUCCAUCCCACAUGAAGUCACCACGCUCUCCGCCCGCGUCGACAACCUCACCGACAUGCUCAAGGACCUGGGGUGCGGCUCACAGCAGGCCGUUCCCCCCGCCCAGCUGUUCGGGUUCACGCCGACGCGUCUGCCCAAAGUGGUCGCUCCCAAAGAACGCAGUCGGAGCCUGCCUCCCCGUGCCGGUCCACGACCCCGUGUCCCCGCGAUCGACCCGGCCCCGCGUGACACUGAGAGCGACGGCGAGAGCGACUCGCCAUCACAGGCCAGUUAUAGCAGCUUUGACAUUCCCGCAACCACGCCGCUCCCGCCCGACAUUGUCAUCUGGGUGUGCCGCAGUUGCCGGCUGCACAAUCCCGACUGGGAGCGGGCAAAGUGCCAGUUCUGCAGCAGUGCGCGUCCGGGCGUGGAGACGGACGAGGGAACGGACGACAUGCUGGAGGACAUUGAGGAGCGGAGCGAGGUGUAUGAUGACGAUUAG